GACUGCAUGCCCAAAGCCUAAGGGGAGAAACAGAAACAUACCCCGGUGUUCAUCCCGAGUGUAUUUAAUCAGCUGAAGUUCUGAUCUAAAAAUGUCAAUUGUCUAUGCAUAGUCUCAAGUCUCCAUACCAGAUCUUCAUCGGUGAAGAUCUUGUCUGGUUACCUACUGACUGCUGUCAGGUCGCCAGUCAGAUCAGAGAACACUGCAACCCUCAGGGACUGAAAAGUGUCUCUGGCUUUUAUCCCUUGGUGUUGUCACGAUAUUGGGUGAGUAUAUACUCAUCCUUGAUAAUAUUGCAGAAAGCUUCUGGCUUCUCUUGGUUUUGUUUGGGUUUUUAAAAAUUUUGGCCUGUGUAGCCAUAGUGUAUCUCAGAAUAACAGAAAUCUCCAGCACUUUCCAAAGAAAUGAAACCGAGUAUGAAGUGGUCUAUCGUAUGAGCCAAUCAGCAAAUAGGAUUAGGAAGUAUUUUCGGACCAUAAAUGGAGAUCAUUGGCAGAUGAUAUGCAACAAAGAGAACUGCUGUUUAAUCUGUGGUUGAUAGGAAAUGCUGCAGCUAAUCCUAGGAAAGAAAGAAAAGAGCGACCAUCUGUGAAUCUAUAAAUGUAGGAGAUGAGAGCUGUGUUUCACACUGUUACACGGGGACUUGCUGUAGACAGAUCAGCUUUGGAAAUUCAGCAGCCACAGUCUGUUUAAAUGCAAAACCUGGCAAAAACGCUUGUUUCUAUGGCAGCAUAUUAGGAUCUUAUUUCCUUUUAUCAGUGGCGAUCUGCAACAGGAUGAGGUCGGAAAUAAUUCCUCUACCAGAAUACUGAUCUUUUAGAAAUCUGAUUGGCUUUGCCUGUUUUUUUCAUCAGCAUUGCUUCUAAUUCUCUGUUGCUUGCAAGCCUGGACAUGUUUUUCUUUUAAUCCGCACAGUGCUAUCUGCAGGGGAAACAAGAGGUACUCUGCUCUAGAAGUUAAACUGCUCGUAAGAUCACAAAGUUUUCGUUGUGUUACACUAACAGGCAAAGAGUGGGUAGGAAUCAUAUGUGACAACUUGUCCUCACUGUUCCUUCUUCUACCUUAAGCAUCGGUCAGUGACAGAGAAUCCUAUUAAAUUACUUUUACCUAUAAGCUUCUGGUAUGCACUGAAUUUCUCCAGCCCGUUACAGAGAUUCCUGGGUAAUGAACCCGAGAAUUUUAUGAUUACUAAAUUCUGUUUCCAGACAUCACUUAAAACACUUCUUGUAGAACAUCAGCAUACCGUCUUUCACUUAAUGAAAGUGUAAAAUAACUGAUGUCAGUGAACGGAUUGGUUUAGUUAACAGAAAGGUUAAAGAUAAAUAAUUAACAGUGUAACUGGCUGUUCCAGAACAGGGCUGCAAAGCUGAUGGCUGUAAAAACACAUUAAAAAUUUCUAUCACUGAACAGUCUGCAGGUCAGCAGGGGGGCAAACAAAGAACUACAUCCAUAGGCAUCAGACUUUUAACUAUGGAUUUUAGGAAACUAUAUGAAAGGAGCCUUGGCCACUCAGAGAUCGCCACACGGGACUUUGUUGUCCUGCCACAGUCUUCUGUCAGGGAAAUGUUUUUCUACCGGCUUAAAAGUUUGUGUGAAUUACUAAAGGGACGUGAAUGUCUGUAUCACUCCGGUGAUGUUUAGUGCACCUGACAGACGGGCAGGUUAGUGUGAUGCCAGCAAAGAACUUCUGUGUCCAUGUCAGUGUGGAGCCAACCUGAGUACGAGUAGCAGUAGUCACAUUAGUCUCAAGGUCCACUCAGACUAUUUUAUUGUGCUUCCAGAUAAAUGGAUUUUCAUUCUUAAUACUUGGUCAGAUAUUUCUGUAAUGCACUGCAGUGCAUCCAGAGGCCGGGUAAAAAAAGUUGCAGUGAAGAAAGGCACUACUGAAAUGACACUGCCUGCUGCAGUGAUUAAUAAUUCCCGACAUUUAGCAUAUGCCACAUAGGACUCUGCCUAAUAGCUCUAAACCUUCAUGACCGUGGGGCUCUGGACAGAUGGAACUAAGGACUUAGCAUCUGUGUAGUUGCCUUAACAACCAAAUUUGUAAUCGCCUCAAAGAAUGAAACCAGGUUUGUGUGGCAUGACCUAUUUUAUGGAACACCAUCUUGAAGGGCAUUAAUUAUGUUCUCAUCCGUUAAUUCUUUAUUGCUCAAAUCCUGUAUCAACUUUCUGUUCUUUUACCUGAUUUAUCAGGGGUAGAUGUCAGGCUAGCUGGUUGAGAGUUACCUGGGUCAACAUUCUCCCUUUAAAUAUUGGCCUAAUAUUAGCACUUUUCUUAAUGUUUUGAAAUUUCCUCAGUAUUCCCAGACUGGUUGAAAUUGGCAUUAGCAAGCUAAUGACAUUGAUUUUAAAAUAUUUAUUCCUUAUACAAGUUAUUUAAUAAUUUUUCUUGCAAAUAUGCUCUGCUGAUGUCCUUAAUCCAGUAAAUUAUAUUUAAUUCCUGAGGAGUUAUAUGGUAGAAAUUAAGUAACCCAUAAUUAAAGACUCCAUGAAAAUGGAAAGAUUUCAGCUAGUCUUAAUAGAACGAGAACUAUAUCAUGUUGGAGAAUUAGUCCAGGACACAAAGCUGUGUGCAGCAGUCCGAAACCACAGGAAAAGGGGAUAAGGUUAUUGAGGAAUUAGCUGGACACGGAUCGGACUGACUGGAUCGCUCCUCAAAUAGCCCAAAGUGACCAUGUUUACCAGUUCACGCUCAACUUUAUCAUUUCUUAGGGCUGGGUAAAUGGAGAGCGUGGUUGAGCCGCAUGAGAUACAUCAGACCCAAGUCCGACGGCGCGGGGUGAUGAGCUGGAAGGGAAGGUGUGAGCAGAGCUGAGUGACGAGCACGGCGACAGGGCUGGUGCAGUGAGGACAGGGGCUUUGCGCUGAGCCGGCGCAGGACGUGCACGCUGACUCGACCCUUUACUUCCACUCCUCCCAGGUGGUCACAAAGCCCUAACCGCGAGGGUUUUUCCCUUGGCUGUAGACAUCUCAGUUUCACUGGUGGUGAUGCAGUAUUUUGCUUCUCAUGCUACAAGGAGUGGUUUCUUACAAUUAGUAUUUCAGAGUUAAUUGCUUGUUACUUUGAUAAUUGCUCAGUAGGUUCAAGGUCAGACAAAUUCUCAGUGUUUUGUUGCAGUAGUAAGUCAGGUUGUACCUAACCACGCUGUAGAGCGAUUGCUGUGAGGUGUGUUAGUGUACGUGUGUAACACUGCAUCUCAGUUGUGCCUGCCUGGUAAUGAGCAAACUGCGUGGACCAGGCUUCAUUAAACUGCCACAAAACAAAGGUGUAGAAUGUCAUAUGUGAUUCAAAAUGACGCCAUUUCCAUGCUAGCCUUCCUGCCAUAAUGUUGCUGUCCUAUGUAGCGAUUAAAUUCAUCAAUAAUAACUUACUUUAAAGCAGUGGUUAGUUUAAAAGCCUGAGAAGGGAAUGACUCUUAAAAUAAUUAGAUUUCCAGCUCCAGUUUCCAGGUUAGGAUAUUAUGGACACAUUUGUUCCUAUCACAUUUGCUUUGUGGUUCAGCAUGAAUUUUCAUUAGAUGACUUUACGAUAAGAAAGCAGCAAUUCAGAUGCAAUUAUAUAAACAGUAAGAUCAGCCUGGAAUUAGCCUGGAGAGUAUAAAGCACACCCGGAGCUCGUGCUGGCUCACUGCCUCUCCCAGCUCCAGGCAGAAUCAGGUUCCUGUAAUAGGGGAGAAUUCAGCUGACAAGAGUGUUCCCAUUUCGUCAUGCCUCUGAGCCAACUGGGAAGUAAAAAAUACAGUGCAUGAGUCCCUUCUUUGUGAUGUCUCUCCUCUAUGGCCUGACUUUUGGUCAAACAGCAUCACUUUGUGCUCCUUCUGAGUAUAUAAUCCAUGUGGAGAAAAGGGAAUGUGCCUUCUGCUUGGCCAUCAACACCACCAUCUGCGCUGGAUUUUGCAUGACUCGGGACAGCAACGGCAAGAAGCUGCUACUCAAAAGCGCUCUGUCCCAGAACGUGUGCACGUACAAAGAGAUGAUGUAUCAAACAGUGAUGAUUCCGGGCUGCCCUCGUCACACCGUCCCGUAUUAUUCCUACCCUGUGGCCGUGAGCUGCAAGUGUGGCAAAUGUAACACCGAUUACAGUGACUGUGUUCACGAGAAGGUGAGGACAAACUAUUGCACUAAACCACAGAAGCUCUGUAACAUGUAAGCUUCCAACAGAACGUGGUCAACAUGUACCUCUCUGCUCACAGCUACACGUAAAUAAAAGCGUAUUUCACAACAGGUUUGCAAA